CGUACAGAACCUCACGGAGGGAUUGCCCCUCGAAUAUGGAGUCAUUCGAGUGUCAAGGCAUGGGUUGACGAUAGAGUGGAAUUGGUUUGUGUGGCUCAGGCCUGGCCGUCACCGCAAUACAGAUGGUAUAAAGAAGAUGAAAGCGGUCUCAUAUCGACAAUUGUGUCGACACAACACAUGCAUAUAUACGACUCGUUUCUGAUUAUAAAUCAGGUUAUGUCCCAUCAUUCAGGCAAAUGGAUUUGUGCCGCGAAUAACAGUGUCGGCGAAGAAAAAGUUAGCCUCAAAUUGAUGGUCAUCUCGCCUAUUGUGGUCCAUAUAGAGCCUGAAUUAUUGGUGGCAGACAUGGGCAAAGGGGCCCAAUUGAACUGCACUUUCACCGGCAAUCCAAUCAACUUUCAUGUCAUAUGGCUUAAAGACGGCCGUCCAUUAAUCACCGAUGCUUUCAGUGGUGCCAUCAACGACGGCAGAGUCCGGCUCAUCCAACCCACUCUACUCAGCAUCAGGAAUGUCAUCAGAGAGGAUGCCGGUUGCUAUCAAUGUAUAGUCCAAACGGAAUACGAUUCCUCACAAGCGAGCGCUCAAUUGAAAUUAGGCGACAGUCCGCCCAUUAUGUUGGAGACCUUCAAAGACCAGCUCAUCGUCGAGUCGGCACAGUCUGUGUCAUUAAGAUGUGCCGCUUCUGCAUCACCACUGCCGCAGAUUAAGUGGUAUUUGGAUGAACACAGCAUUAGCGGUGUGUCCGCCAGAUAUCGCAUUGGAGAUUAUGUCACACAUGGAGGACAAGUGAUUAGUUUUGUUAAUAUAAGUGCCGCACGUGUUGUCGAUGGCGGAGAAGCCUCGUUCACAGGCAGAGUGAAUGUGUUGGGAUCGGCAGUACUUCGCACAUCAUGGCUGUCAUCUUCAUCUUCGCCAACAAAUAUUAAUAACACACUGACUGUAGUGUCUGGUCGUUCAAUAUCAGUGCGCUGUCCAGUCAUUGCAUAUCCCAUUGAAUCACUUGUAUGGCAACACAACUCAAACACAUUACCAGUCAAUCACCGCCAGAAAAUCGAGCCAAUCAUUAACGGUGUCGGCGGUAAACUACAUAUCAAUAAUGUUCAUCGCAAUAAUGACCAGGGAGAGUACUGGUGUAUUGUCAAGCCACUAUCGGAGACGACUAAAGCUAAUCAAGGGAUGAAAGUGAAGUUAAUGUGCUCUAUAUUAGAAGGCGAUCCUCCCAUACAAAUCAAGUGGUAUAGGGAGGACUCAAAUGCUCCCGUCGUCUCCAGUCAUAGCAUUUCGCUUCAAAAUUCUGAAGACUAUUCACUUUUGACAUUCAAAAGUGUAGAGCACAAGGAUAUGGGCCACUGGACAUGUAAGGCCUGGAAUGAUGUCGAGUCAGUCAAUCGGAGCACAUAUCUGACUGUCAAUGUGGCCCCGGCCUGGAAACAGGAGCCUAAAAAUACUUAUGUAGUUCUGGGAGCGGAUUGUGUGAUUGAUUGCUGGGCUGAUGGAUCUCCGGUCCCGAAAAUCUUGUGGAAGAAAUCAAUCUCCACGAGCACUGGCACUGAUCUAUUGGCUGACGCGGAACAUCCGUCCGAGUUUAGGGAAGUGGUCUCAUCCUAUAGACAUCAGGUCUACCAAAACGGCACUUUUGUCUUACAAGAGGCCGAUAAAUCUGACGGCGGCUACUAUAUGUGCCAAAUUUCCAACGGAAUCGGCGCCGGUUUGAGUAAAGUUAUCCAAUUGAUAGUACAGUCGCCGCCAUAUUUCGACAUUAAAUUCAUAAGUAAUAGUGUGGUUAAGAGCGAAACAGCUGUACUUCAAUGCGAAGCACAGGGAGAUCCGGUGCUGAGAGUGGAGUGGCAGAAAGAUAAACAACAAAUCAGUUCAUUAAUCGACAAAAGAUAUUCAAUAAAACAGGAAAUAAUAUCUCCGCAGAAAGUGAUCUCAUAUUUGGAAAUAUCAUCCACUGUUAGACACGAUUCAGCUCUCUAUACGUGUUUGGUUUCCAACGACUUCGGCACCGAUGACACCAACAUUCAGCUUAUAGUUCAGGAGGUUCCGGAGCCUCCCUAUGGACUGACGGUCACUGAGAUCUCGAGCCGCAGUGCAGUCAUUACGUGGAAGUCAUCGUUUUCAGGCAAUAGUGCUAUCAUUAGAUUUAUAUUAGAGUACAGAACCAAUUGCAGUGAUGACCAGAUCUGGCAGGAGGUGUCAACGCUAACCUCCAGUGACUCCAGACUUAAUUUGCGAGCUUUAAGACCCGUUUGUUAUUAUGAAAUCCGUAUGUAUGCGGAAAAUGCAUUGGGAAGGAGUGACUCCAGUUCCUCGACACUAGUCUUCCAAACGGUUGAAGAAGUUCCGGGCGGUCCGCCCACUGAUGUCAUCAUUGAGACCACUUCAUCGACAUCUUUGAAGAUUAAAUGGAAACCCCCUCUAAAAGAAGUGCAAUUCGGAAAAAUGAAAGGAUAUUAUAUCGGAUAUAAAAUAGCAGAUUCUGACGAACCGUUUCAGUACAAGAAUGUCGAUAUCAAUGGUGAUAACGACUCGAAUAAAUUCGAGACCAGUUAUGUGACAAAUCUGAAGCGAAAGACCACUUAUAUUCUGGUAUUGCAGGCGUAUAACAGUGUGGGUGCCGGUCCUCGAUCUGAUGAAGUACGAGUGGUUACGUUUGACUCUCAACCGCCAACCUCUCCACUCCUGGAAGUGAUCGCAACUACUUUUGAUUCAAUUACUCUCAGAUGGGAUGCAAAUCAAAAUGAUAUCAUCGAAGAGAGAGAAUAUGUAUUGCAUUUCAAAGAAGAUCGCGAACAACAGUGGCAUCAGAAGAAACUGAGGACUAAAUCAAAUCAAUAUGCUUUAGAUUCGAGUAAUGGUUUAGUGAGCAUACGGUGCGGCACUAAAUAUAAACUAUUUAUGACGGCUUCCAAUAGCUUAGGAACUGGAGAACCGAGCGAGACAAUAAGCGCCAGAACUAAAGGUGCGGCCCCUCUAUCGCCAUCCACUCAAGAGUUUGUGAUCCCCAACUCAACCAUCGCUCUCCUGAGGCUAAGCAGUUGGCAGACCGGCGGCUGUCCUAUCAAAUCGUUUAGCUUUAAAUUUAAGCCCAUUUAUCAGAAACAAUGGAUUAUAUUAUCAGAUGAAGUGGUCUUUGAAAAGGACUUCUAUUUUAUUCGCGAUUUAGUGCCCAAUAAAGACUACAAACUCUUAGUGAGCGCUCAUUCAGACGCAGGUGUGACUGAAGCUGAGUAUAACUUCAAGACCCUGAACAUAUCGCUAGUGGUUCGAGUUGUGUCACCACAGGCUCCGGUCGAUGCCUCGGCUCAGGCAGAGUCACUGUCGCUGUUUCGCAACAUAACAGUCCUCUUACCAGUGAUUAUCUCAAUCAUAGUAUUGUGUGUGAUAUUAGGCACACUAUUGGGUUGUAUGCGUCGACAGCACGUGAAUCAAGUGGUGAAUGGUAUGAAUGGUAUGAACGGAAUCAACUCCAAUAACUGUAUCCAUAAGACAGACUUAAGACAAUCGACUGAAACGUUUCAAUUGAAUGACUUUCAAUGCGGAUCUAAACCCAAGUUCAUUGACUGUCAGUCGCCGCCAAAUACUAAGAGUUAUAUGAAUUCAACGUCUUAUUACUCAUCGCCUCAUCGAAAGUCAUUGACGGCAAUGAUUGGACACCAGAGGAGUGGUGAUCACGAAUACGCAGAACCCUUGACCCAAAUGGCCAGUCGGUGUGUCUUCGCCGAUGACCUCAACUGCGCUAAUGUCUCCACUACUGUCCAAAUGCCCGACAAAAUGUACGCCACUAUUAAGAGGAAAUAUUUCAAUGAUAUUCAAAACGCUGUAAAUGAUGUCAAACUGAGACAAUUGCAAAGACAAUCGGAGGACCCGAAAGAGGUGUGCUAUCCAGACAUCGGUUGUUUCUCAACUGACGGUCCCCUCAAACAUCUGGGAACACUUCCAGCCUCUCCUGAAGACAUUGACACCAAAUUCUAUGUCUAUACGACUAAAUCUGCCGCAACUCCACAAGAAGUCAGUCCUAAAGAUGCCAAAAGUCUGGCACUAAUAGAUGCGACCAAACCAUUGGCCAUCAUAUCCCAUGGCUUUGGAAAUAAUGGAAAGACACCUGAGCUGAUUGCCAUCAAGGACUCAUUGAUUAAGUAUGGUCACGUAGAAAGCGUGAUAAUGGUUGAUUGGAGUAAAGGUGCAAAACAGCCCCUGUAUGUCGAGGCUUCUACUAACACUCAGGUAGUCGGCCGUCAAAUUGCAUUCCUCACAGAAACUCUUAGAACCAAACAUAAUGUCGAUCCCAAAAAUGUGCACUUAAUUGGCUUCAGUUUGGGGGCACAGGUAUCAGGUUUUGCCGGAAAGUUCUCGCAAACCCAAUACAAGUGGAAAUUUGGUCGCAUUUCCGCUCUGGACUCGGCCGCACCCCUAUUUGAGGGCUAUCCGGGCGCUUACCUGAACCAAGACGACGGCAUAUACGUGGACGCCAUCCACUCCAGUGCCGGACACCUCAUCAUAACGGGAGAGGUAGGCUUCAUAGAGCCCAUCGGUCACGUGGACUUCUUCCCGCACAACGGCACACAUCAGCCCCGAUGCUCUCAACUCAAUGAAACCAUUCAUAUCUCAUGUAAUCACUACUCAUCCGUCUUAUACUUCGAGGCCUCCCUCAGCGGUGGAGACCAUUGUAUGUUCACUGCAUAUAAGUGCACCAAUUGGACGGACUUUGAGGACAAGAAAUGCGCCAAAAAUGCCGACCAGAGACUCGGCUUCUACAGCACCACUCAAACCGGAAAAGGGGUUCAGUAUUUGGAUGUCAAUAAAGCCUAU